AUCACCCUCCAAUACAUACCACGACCUCCACGCAGUCAUCGUCGCUGCCACAAUGACGUCGACUUCGUCGUCUUCGACCGCUGCGGCUGUGUCAUCCCCGGCACCCUCCCUCUCCUCGUAUCUCUCCCGUCACGCAGACUUCCAGGACAUCGACUCCCCUUCCUCCCCGCUUCCCUCCCUCUACUCCUCCCUCUCCUCUCUGCGCUCUUCGAAUCCAGCAGCCUAUCGCGCCAACCUGGAAUGGUGGAACAAGAUACUUACAGAUGUCGUAUGGCAGAGGGCUCAACGGGACGAUGUCAAGGGCAAGGCAAGGCAGCGUGAUGGAGAGGAUAGGUUGGUCCUGCAUGUGGAUGAGGAGAUGCUCGACGGGUGGAGCUUUGAGCAAGUGGGGAGACCGAUGGGUAUCGGUACCGUCGUGCUCGAUAUGGCGUCCAAAUCCCAUCUUGUCUCUCUGACCCAAUUCCUUACGACCACUGCUGCCAUUGCUGGACCUUCGAGGGUGGCCGCCUCUCGAUCUUCUUACGUUCCUUCUGCAAGAAGUGUUGUCGGUUUUGUCGUCGGCAAACCACUCUGGUGGGCUCUGUCUAAUCUAGGCAUCACAGGCGGAGGUGGAGGGGAGGAGGACGACGAAGAUGACUUCAAAGAGUGGAAGAAGGCCAGGGGCAAGUGGGUCGUGUGGGAGAAUGUAGAGCGUACCGCUUCCGCCUUCCUGCAGGCUCACUACUCCCAAGCAACCCUCUCCCCACUGGACUCUCUCCUCCCUCUCGCAACCUUUCGCUCCCGCCUCCUCUCAGCACAACCCAGCCUCUCCGAAGUAGACCAACAGAUUGUUCUCAAACACCUCUGCCGAGACAGGAAGGUUGCGCGGGUGGAAAAGGGGCUGGUGAAGCUGGCUGCGUAUGAGGGGGAGGAGGUGGAGGCCAUUACUGAACAGGACCGAGGUUUGGUGGCUAUCAAGGAGACACACGACCGACUGGAGACGCAAGUUGCGGAGCUUGAGAGGAGGAUGACGGAAUGCGAUGCCAAAGUACAACAGCACCUCCGCGCCUCCCAGAAGCCCCAAGCUCUUAAUGCCCUCAAGCUCAAGAAGCACCUAUCGUCCAUCCUGGACAAGCGUCUUGAUUCCCUUUCCACCCUCUCCUCCAUCCUGCUCAAAAUCGAACAAACAGCUGGUGAUGCUUCCAUCCUCGGAACCUACGAGACGGCCACCUCUGUCCUGCGCAACCUCCUCGCCGACCCUCGUCUGCAGCGCGACAAGGUCGAGAGCACAAUGGAGGGUCUUGAAGACGUCGUGGCCGAUCAGAGGGAAAUCGAUGAGGCGGUCAAGGAUGGAGGGGAGAGGGUGCGCUUGGCUGCUGGACAACAGGAGAUGGAUGAGAGUGAGCUGAAGGAGGAGAUGGAGAGGUUGGAAGAAGAGGAGAAGAGGGAAAGGGAGGAGGAGAAGCAGAGGAAGAUCAAGGAGGAGGAGGAGACAGCGAGACAGAGGGAGAGGGAGCGCAUUCAGAGGCAGAAGGAGGAGGAAGAGAGGCAGCGCUUGGCCAAGGAACGAGAGGAGGCGGAGAGGACGAGGAAGCAGAAGGAGCGCGAGGAGGAAGAGAGGGCAAAGGAGAAGGAGCUAAAGGCUAGAGAUGGGCAGCAAGCAGAGGCGGUUGCGGAAGCGCAGCAAAGCCAGCAAGCAUUGCCAGCUGAGAAGGAGAAGGAGGCUAUAACCACGUCCUGACGACAUCGUAGUGCACUGUCGAAUGACUUCCGACCAUGUGUAUCGGCUUCUCAGAGUGGAAUAAAUCCUUUUCCUGGGCGAGAGCCAGAGCCUGUCCCGCUCGACCGCAUCUUCUAGAUUUCCGGCCCAUCUCUUUGCUAUCGUCUACCGCUCCCAUCCCUACUCUCGUCUCGCGCAGAUCUGUCCGCAACCGGUGCAUAUAUCACAACCUUUUCCAUACUCCCUCAAACUCUGAGCCGGCCGCCUCCUGUUCUAGCCGCAGCCUAAGCCUUGACAGGCUGACCAGCUGCGACCCUUCUUCGGAGGUCCUCCCUGCUCUCCUGACCUACA